AUGGCGCAAAACCCGGCUGACAUCGAUGAGAGUCUCUACUCAAGACAGCUGUAUGUCCUCCGACAUGACUUCAUGCUCCGGAUGGCCCGGUCGAAUGUGCUUAUAUCAGCCAUUCGGGGCCUGGGAGUACAGAAUGCCAAGAAUAUCAUCUUUAGUGGCGUCAAGUCGGUCACCAUCCACAACCAGGGUGUGUGCACUGUUGCCGACCUCUCCUCUCAGUUCUACCUGAACGAGUGUGCCCUUGGUAAAAACCGAGCAGAGGCCUGCCUCAGAUCACUGACGGAGAUGAACGCGUAUGUCCCGGCAGUCAUUGGAGACAUUGCUGCGCAGGAGAUCAUGAAGGCAUGCAGUGCAAGGUCAACGCGAUCCACCAGCUGCCGCAGUAGCGCGUGA